UCUUCUGAUAUUUGCCUUUCUUUUAGCUAAAACCCCUUCCCUUCGUCUCCUUCUCAGAAUGGAAUAUCCGGUGGGGGUCAGAUUCUGUCCUACCGUUGAUGAGAUCUUCGGCCAUUACCUUAGGCUAAAAAAUCUCGGUGGUGACACUAGCCGUGUGGAUGAAGUCAUUAGCACAGUCGAUAUCUAUAGCUUUGAACCCUUUGAACUACCUCGCCACUCGAGGAUGGAAUCGUCAGACCAGGUUUAUUAUUUUUUCGUUCGUAGACAGAACAAAUAUAAGAGAGGCGAGAAACAGAGAAGACAAACCACGUUUGGGUAUUGGAAGAUAACCGGCCAUCCAACGGAGAUCAUGCGAAAGGGAGGAGAUAGCGAGAAGAUUGGUGAGAAAAGGGUUUUAAUGUUUUACGAGAGCGAACCCAAAUCCAAAUCCGAUUGGGUUAUGCACGAAUACAUCGCUACGUUAAUGCCUCCUACUCAUCAGAUGACGACAUAUACAGUGUGUAAAUUAAUGUUUAAGGGUGACCCCAAAGAUUUGCCUACUUCUUCUUCUGCUGCUGCUUCCGUUGGUAGCGGUGAAAUUGAGCAGAAUCACUCUCUCAUCACUCAUAUGAACAAUCCUGGCAGAGGGCUGAGUUCAGAGGGGUCGACGUUUGAAUUACAGAAUCAACGUCAGUUUACUGGCUUUCUUCAUUUGGAGGAAGAAACUCAGAUCGACGAUGCCAUUCGCAGGGUUAUCAACAACCUUUCACCUCAUGAUUUUAACUGUUUACUCAAUAAUGAUAAUGCUGAUGAGGAGGAGGAGCAAGAGACGAUUAUGCUUACGCAAGAGGAUCGCAACGACCACAAACCUAAAAAGUCUCUGACUGGUAUCUUCACUGGUCAUAGCGAUGAUGAUAGUGAUUCUGAUUUGAUCUCUGCAACAACAACAGUUUCCAUCCAAACCUCGAGCACUUGUGAUAGUUUUGGUAGCUCAUAUCCUCGCAUAGACCAAACCACAGACAUGCAAGAAUCUCCUUGCUCAACAAUCGAGUCAGCGUCCGUAACUCAAGAGGUGAGAAAAGCUCUGGGAACCAAUGAUAUUGACACAUCCGAGAAGAAGAUGAAUCCUUAUGAUGAUGAUGCACAAGGAAGUGAGUUCUGUCAAGAGAUUGUGAUCAAGAACAAAAGAGCUGGUUUCAUUUACAGGAUGGUACAAAGAUUCACCAAGAAAAUCAAGCUAUGUUCUUGUGUCUCAAUAGCAUGACUCUCCAAUCGAUGAG